GUUACCUAUGUCAUAAGUUCACGCUUGAUAACUUUUACUAUACCAACAUAGUGUGAUAGUGCAGACGAUAUCAUUUUCGUGGAGGAUUUUUAUACUUUUGUGUUUUGUAGGUAUAACACAAUUAUUCAAUGUGUAAACAUUUGUAGCCAAAGACGCCGCAUAGAGACGUGUCAAAACAGGGAUAAUUUUACUUCGGCUACUUUGGCGGGAUAGAAGCAAAAUAUGUCUGUUACGUCAGUGUUAGGCUUGGCCACGUGGGGCAAGCUCCGCGGAAACGACGACGAUGAUUGGGUGGACCGGCUGAGCCACAUUUACACCGUCGUGCUGCUCAUCGCCUUCGGUAUCUUUACCGCAAGUGGGCAAUAUGCCGGCGACCCUAUUCAGUGCUGGUUCCCGGCAGAAUUUACGGGGUCCUAUGUUUCGUACGCGAAGUCAUACUGUUGGAUAAAAAAUACCUACUACCUUCCGAUGGAAGAGACGAUUCACCCGGACAAUGACACGCACAAACAGCACGAGCUCACCUACUACCAGUGGAUUCCCCUGAUUCUUCUCUUCAUGGCGUUCCUUUUCAAGUUUCCAAGUUUCAUCUGGCGAAUGCUCGCGGGAUUGUCGGGUAUCAACAUGGCAAAGCUCGUGGAAAUGGCCGGCGCCACUCAAAUGGCGGAUCAAGCUAAGCGUGAUCAGACGGUGGAGCACAUAGCACUUUACCUGGACCGCUGGCUCGAGUCCAAUCGCCAAUACCACUUCAACGCCCUGGUGCGAUUGAAGCAGCGCGCUUCCAAAUUCUGCUUCCUGUGCAACAAGCGCGAGGGAACCUUCCUUACCGGCCUUUACUUAGUCAUUAAGCUCCUCUACGUCCUGAACAUCAUUGCCCACUUUUUCAUCUUGAACGGUUUCCUAGGCGGCUUCUUCGAGAUGUGGGGCAUCGAGGCGGUUAAUAGCCUUGCUAAUGAGGCGGUCACCAAGGAGUCCAGACGCUUCCCCAGGGUUACGUUGUGUGACUUCCAGAUACGCCAGUUGCAAAAUAUACAAGACUUCACAGUCCAAUGUGUCCUACCAAUCAACCUUUUCAACGAGAAGAUCUUUACAUUUUUGUGGUUCUGGUUCGUUCUCGUCGGCGUAGUAACCAGCGCCAGCUUCCUCAUGUGGAUCUGGCGGUCCGUCUUCCGCCGUAACCGGGUCACGGUCGUCAAGAAGUACCUAAAGAUCAGUGACCAACUCGGCGGUCCCAGCGAUAGGAAGCUCUGCCAGCGCUUUGCCGACCAGUACCUCCGCGACGACGGUAUCUUCCUUCUGCGCAUCAUCGAGCGCAACACAAGCGAUAUCCUUAUGACGGACCUCGUCACCAAAAUGUGGGACGUUUACCGCAAGAAACCGAUGGUUAAAAAGGAGCUUGAAGGAGAACCGAAUGGAGAAACGUACGCUUGAAGUGGGGGACGUUUGGGAUAGCCAGAAGAUUUAAGGACUUGUUACCUGUUUGAAAGAAAUUUUAAAUGUACAAUGGGGCUGGCGCUUCCUAGAUUAAGUCAAUUGUAGCUUGUUUUUAUUUCAAAGAAAUUUUGUUUUAUUUUGGGCAUUUUUUAAGCAGAAAACUUGACUGAAACACCCCAGAUUAAGUGGAAUUAGGCCUGUUUUUUAUACUUUGUUUAAAAAGCGUUGUGACUUUUUGAGUUGUUUGAAAAAAGGCUAUGAACUGAUGAGCUAGGUUUAAGUGUAUUUAGCCUGUUUAGAAAUGAAACUAAAUUCAUUUGCGGAUUAAGUGGUAUUAAGUCACUAUAAAAAAUCCCAAUACAAUGUUUGGCCUUUUUUAAAAGGUGCAUGAAUUUUACGCGAACCGUACAUUUUUAAUCUGAACUGCUAUUUGUGUUCUAGAAAACAGGGCGUGCAUUUUCAACUGUUGUAAGUAAAUCUUUUACUGCCGCAUUUAGUAUUGUGCGCUACAAGGUUCGUAUUGUGUUUUUAGUUUUGUUCCUUUUGAAUUAUUGACGUUCGUUAAUACUUUGCACAUUUUUGUACAGCAUUUACAUAAGUUUUUUGCCGAAAUCAUACUUUAUAAAUUAUUGUUGAUGUCAAUAUGUUUUUCAAUAUUUGGUUAACGUUCGAUUUAGUGAAGAUUCUAGUCGAUUUGGUAUAUCGUAGUGUCAAUGCAUAUACUUGACAUAAAACCAAAUAUUCAACUGAAGUUCAUGAUUAUUAACAUCAUUUAAGAUUUGUUUUAUAAAUACGCAUUGGUUGUGAAUAAGGCAGGGUAGUUCUAUUAAAAAUCAGUGUGGUAUUAAAUUCUGUGAACACUUUUUUAUUUCAUGUUAACUGGUUAUUUUUUAUGUAUGGUUAUAUCGUAAAAAUUGUGAUCAUUUGGUUGUUUUAAAUGUGUGUGUUUGUUUUCUGGAGAAUUACUUUUGUAUCGUCAGUUUUUUUCGGAUUUCGAAUGGUGCUGUUUUCACAUAAGCCUUGCAUUUACAUAUGGUAUCGUUUUGUUAUCAUAUAAGGGAAGCAGUUUAUAUCAUGUAAGGUAAGCAUUUAAUGUGAUAUAAAGGAAGCAUUUGCUAUGAUACUAGUGAAGCAUUUGAUGUCGUACUCGGGAGCAUUUGAUGUCGUACUCGGGAGCAUUUGAUGUCGUACUCGGGAGCAUUUAAUGUCGUACUCGGGAGCAUUUGAUGUCGUACUCGGGAGCAUUUGUACGUUCAAUAGCUUAUCAUAACUAGCUGGUCAAACGGACAAAACUGAUUUUAUGUUCUCCACCACUAUAGUGGGGGACAUAUUGUUUUUGCCCUGUCUGUUGGUCUGUUGGUUUGUCUGUUGGUUUGGUCAAACUUUAACAUCUGCCAUAAAUUUUGCAAUAUUGAAGAUAGCAACUUCAUGUUAGGCAUGCAUGUGUAUCUCAUGGAGCUGCACAUUUUGAGUGGUGGAAGGUCAAGGUCAUCCUUCAAGGUCAAAGGUCAAAAUAAAAAGUAAAAGCGGCGCAGAAGGGGACAUAGUGUUUCUGACAAACACAUUUCUUGUUUUUUUAUAUUAAAAAUCAUGUCAACCCAUGCUUCUCAAAGUCACAGCAAACACAUGAACAUGGUUUACAUGCCAACCUGAAACGUUCCAUAUGUUUUUUUUCUACCGAUUUUUGCCUUAGCUGCUUACAUUGCUCAAGAAGAAGCCGAUUUGCCUUGGUACAUUUAAGCAUUGAACAUGUGACUCCCUGUAGUGUAUCGCACAAGUGGUCACAUUUAACCCUUUGCAUGCUGGGAAAUUUGUCGUCUGCUAAAAUGUCGUCUGCUGAAUUUUUAAAAUUUGCAUUUUCUUCGAUUUUUUUUCAAAGAAUACUGUCAGAAUAGCAAACAGUUUGGAUCCUGAUGAGACGCCACGUUCUGUGGCGUCUCAUCUGGAUCCAAACUGUUUGCAAAGGCCUUCAAAAUUCGGUACCCGCACUGAAAGAGUUAAUUGGAAACUCUAAGCAUCCAAACGCCGAACGAACUACUUGGCAUCGUUCAUAUAUUCACAAAAUGUAUAUCUUUUGCAAUAUGUUGAAAAACUGUUCUAAGGGGCAUUUGAAUUUUGCGAGUUGAUAUAUUGUUUGAUACAGAGUUGUAUGUCAUAAAUAAGCAUCAUUCCGUGAUACUGUCUUGAUGUUUUAAGCAAUUAUUAGAAAAUAUAUUUGAUACCAUGAUUACCAGAGUGUUUAUAAUGGGACCAAGAUUUGCGUUAACACGUAGAUGUUUCACAUGCGAACAAAAUCAUUUUCAAUUGGCUGUAUAUAUUUAUUUGUUAAAAUAUCAUAAAUCAUGUCAUGACGUAGUAUUGAUGUGUAUAAUUUCGUCAGUUUUGUUAUUAAUCAUUUUGCAUAUAUGUGUUUUGAUUUUGCAAAUGUGACGGUGUUUUUCAACUUAGGCAUUAUUUUAAAUGGGAAUGCUGGUUGUAUUGUUGGAACUGGUUGGGAAUGCUGGUUGUAUUGUUGGAACUGGUUGGGAAUGCUGGUUGUAUUGUUGGAACUGGUUGGGAAUGCUGGUUGUAUUGUUGGAACUGGUUCGUCGUACUUAUAUUUUUUUACAGUUUUUUAUUUUCAAGGCGAAAAUAAAUGUUAAUUAAAUAUAUACGAACUAGCUUUAGUUCAAUUAGGCUCUGCCAGUUGAAUACAUAGUUGUAUAAAUUAUUUUUUAUUAAAAAUAUAUGUACAUGUUUACAUAACUUUUGUAUUAAUUAAUUGAGUUGAUAGUAAUAAUAAUAGAAAACGUGAAUUGAAAAUUUAAUAAACUACUCAUUUGCAGUCAAAUCGAUCUCAUUUUAUUUAAUAUGGUACAUGGUUUUGGCAUUUGUUCUGGUGUGUUUGACGGAAUAUCAAAAACAAAGUUAAAUUUUUCUGUAGCUCCCGUCUGCGCUUCUGUUUUUGGUCACGUUAUAAUUUACGGUAAUCUACAAGUUUUAGCGGAAAUAGUCGAUAAUGGUCACUAAGUUCUAGUAGAUUCCGGUAUAUUUCACCCGCAUAGUUAAAGCACCAUGUUUUAAUGUUGCGCACAAAAACGUUAUUUAUUAUUCAUUAUGCAUUUUCACAACUGUUUUCCUGGCCAGUUACAGAAAAUAGACAGGAUAAGUUAUUCUGACACGUUUGUAUGAUUGAUAAGAAAUAUUUAUUCUUCGCAUAUAGACAGCAAAGACAACGAAUUGUUGUUUUAAAGUUGUUUUUAAGGUUGUUUGUAUAUAUUCUUGCUGUUUGUAUUAUCAUCUGCCAGUACCUAUUGGUAUGAGAGUUUGAUACGAGGAUGUGAGAAGGGCCGCAUUUUCAAAAAAAAAAAUAAUUUAUAACUCACCUCCUAUAACAAAUUUCGCUAGUUUGGUCUACGAAUGGAUUUAAAGACCUUUCCAAUAUAUAAUUACCGAAUUUAAAAAAAAUCUACUCGUUGAAAAUGUUUGAACUUUAAAAGUAAUGCGCACUAACAUGUCUACGAAUUCUUCAAAGUUCGAUAUUUGCGUUGUAUACCCUUAUAUAGACGGUUGGUUGAUGCGCGCCCUAGUUGUGUGAAAGUUCCCCGUAUGUGUCAUAUGAUCAUCUUUUAGUCAAACUUUUCCCACUGUUUCAUAUGUACAUGCUAUAGCAAGACUGGCAUUUUAUUUACAUUCAUAGUAUAUGCAAUUGAUUAGAUAUCAUUUAACUUGUCUGUAUGUUUUACUAUGCAACAAAUGAUAGAAAAGAGAGAAUAUAAUUUUAUGAAGCUAA